AUGGAAUUCGCAAUGACUCAGGUACUUGAGUAAGAACUAAGUUUAUUCAGAAUGGUUGAGCUUAUUCGAGAGAAGAUAUUUAAAAGAAGAGACAUGGAAAGGGGGAAAGAUGUAAAUUACAUCUAAGUCUUCAAUUAAAUCGAUGCGAAAAAUAAGAACUAUGUCACUCGAAAAGAUCUCAUUAGAUUCAUUAACAAAUUUGUAGAGUAAAAUCAAUAUGGCACUGAUGAUAUAGCGGUGCUAUUUAGAAGGUUGAGUUUGGCUGAGGAUUGUUAAUAAAUACCAUAUCUUGAUUUUGUGAAUAUGCUUUUGCCCUCUGAGACCAGAGUUGACUAGAGUGUAAUAAGUACAUAGAAUGAAGACGAAUAUAACUAUUAAGAAGAUAGAACAUUUGAUAGUCAUAAGCAGGCGAUUGACUUCUCUAGCAAUGUUAUCAAACCCAAAAAAUCAGACGAGUCAAACUAAAGAAGAGGUUCACUUAAAGAAGUUUAAGUUAAAUAUAGGGAAGUAAACAAUUCAAGCAGGAAUUAGGAAUCAAACUUAAAAAAAUAAGGCUCAAAGCAUGAGUUAUCUACUAGAAAGAAGUCAAGCAUGAAGCAAAUAAUUUAAAGUGGAGGGAAAGAUUAAUAGCAAAUAACAUUCACUAAUAUGUAUAGAUCUACCAAAUACACUGAUGAUAAUGACGAGAAUCCCAUAUUCAUGAAGCCAAAUACUUCUAACUUGCAAUCGUAAAGGAAGUCCACUCCAAAUGUUAUCAGUAGUAGAUUAAAAUACAGCCAGGCUAGAUUGUAGAAUUAUUAAGUUGUUGAGAAUCCUAGAGAUAAGUCAAGAUCAUAAUCAAAAGAAAAGAAAUCCAAAUACUAUCAGCUAAGACAAGACAAAAGUGCUAUGAAUGAAGUUGAUAAAUCAACCAGGAAAAUAUCAUUUAUGGAAGGGAAAGCUACAAGGAAUAAUAAUGACAUAUUCGGCUAAUAGAAGUAGCAGUAUAAUCCUAACGAAACUCAGAAAUCUAGCUUAUAUGUCAAUACCAUUGAUUCUCCCGAUUUGAAAAAUAAAAAACUCAUUAAUAGAACCCAAAUCGAGGAGUCUCAUUCUCCAUAACCAGUAAAUUUGCUAACAAAUUAAAGAUAGUAUACUUUAGCCCACCAAUCAAAUUCUAAAGUUCAGAAGAAUUAGACAUUUGAUUAAAAGCACUACGAUGUCUACCAUAAGCUGAGAAGAGGUUACGUAUCUCCCAUGAAAGGCAGAGAAGAGGAUGUCUUCGUUGACAUACUCAAAUAGUAGUUAAAGUUAGAGUGUGAAUUAGAAGACUACAAAGAGGAACUUAUCUUGUACUGCCACGAGUUUAACCCAGUGCUAGCUUUCAGGAUUUUCGUGCCUAAAACUGAGAGAAUCUCUAGAAAUAUAAACAUAUUCAAUGUGAUUGAGGCUUUCAAAUCUAUGGGUAUCACUCUUAAGAUGAUUGAAGCAGAGUUGAUGCUCAAGAGAUUUGACUCAAACAGAGAUGGGCACUUGACUUACACGGAUAUAUGCGAUGUAUUCAGACCAAAGAACUUAUCAUUGGCUAGAGAAUUUGAUCAGAGGAUGCCUUUUGAUCACCAAGUUAGCAACUACCUAGCCCCAGACACCAUGAAGUACAUAGCAAAGCUCUUCAAGUCAUAUGUUUCGGUUGAGAGUAACAUUGAAAAAAUGAAGAGAUAGCUGGCUAGGAGACCAAGCUUUGAUAUUGAUGACGCCUUUUCAGUGCUAAAUAUAGAUGGGUAUAAGAAAGUCUCAUUGGAGGAUAUGCAGCAUAUUUUGAAAGUGCACGGACUCAUUGCAUUCCAAAAGCAGGCUAAUGCUCUGUUUACGAGAUAUGACAAGGAUAAAGAUGGAUUGAUUAACUUUGAAGAUUUUUCAUGUGAAAUUACCCCAAUCAAGAAGAAAUGA